AUGAGUGAUCGCAUUUGCAUUCAUUCUCACAAUCAUAUAUCAGUGGAGCUGAGUGCUGUUAAUUUACUGAGUUGUUGUACAAGAUGUGGCUUAGGUUGUCAAGGUGGCAUACCAGGAAUGGCAUGGGAUUACUGGAAAGAUGAGGGUAUUGUAACCGGUGGAUCAAAUGAGUCAAAUUCAGGAUGUCAGCCAUAUCCAUUUCCAGAAUGUAGUCACCAUUCAGCUAGAGGAAGACAACCACCAUGUAGAGGUCAGUUAUAUGACACACCUGAAUGUGAACAUUAUUGUCAGUAUGGAUAUGAAAGAGAGUAUGAAAACGAUAAAUUCUACGGUGCUCUAUUUGUCUAUGACGAUUUUUUCAACUAUAAAUCUGGUGUCUACAAGCAUAUAACUGGUUCCUAUGUGGGUGGACAUGCUAUACGUAUACUCGGUUGGGGUGUUUACAAGGACAUUCCAUACUGGUUAUGCGCCAAUUCAUGGAAUGAUGAUUGGGGUGAUAAAGGUUAUUUCAAAAUACUGAGAGGUCGAAAUGAAUGCGGAAUUGAAUCGAACAUAGUGGCAGGAUUACCAAUGAAGCGCAGAGAGUAAACUCUAUGCACUUGCCUAUUCUGUAGCUCAUAUUUACACUAAGAGUGGUAUCGUCAGUUAUUGAUUGACUCUUUUUUUCUCUCAUUUUAGUAAGCAUAUUCUUGGUAUAAAGUUUUGUUGUUAUCUGUCAAU